GUCCCUGCCCUGCUGCCAGCUCCAGCUGCAGGCAGAGUUCUUUGGGCAGCAAUGUGCCAGCAGCCUCUGAGCAGGGCACACGCCGAGGCUCCCUCACAGCACAUGGAGGUCUCCCGGGAAGACAUGCAGCUGAUCUGUUCUCCAGCACACAGGGCCUCUGUGAGGGAAGCACAGUAAGAUGAAAGACACAAAAAAGGAAGGAGACAGCCCUGGCUGUUCCCCUAUGGUGCUGCUCUGGGAAUGCUCCAUCAUGUUUCACAGCCCUGCCUUGGUGGUGGGCUCAACCCCAGCACAUGGACCAUAACUCUCCAGAUGGCACCACUGCAAAAGGAAAUUCCAUCAGGAUCCAAAGAAUGACACCAAGACAUCACUGCUGGAGAAAUGCAGCUGCCUUCACCACUGCUGCUGCAUUGACCCUCCAUUUGCUGUAAGGCUGCAAAUUCAUCUGUGCCACCUCUGUGCCCUCCUCACCCAGCUGCCCACCAUGCCAGAGCUGGCAGAGCUGAGCAGCCCCCGCACCCCUGCAGAUGCAGACCACAUCCAGAGGAAUAUCUUGGAAGAGCAUGUGGAGCUCUGGUGGUUCCAGGACCCCAAAAAGUCCAUUCUGUGCUAUGGGAUGGCCGUGGUGCUGAUCCUGGCCUGCGGGAUUGGGGGCAUCAUCCUGCUGUACAGCACUAGCAGCCGGUCCGGAGAGUGGCGGCUCGCCGUGGGCACCACACUCUGCCUGCUGGCCCUGCUCGUGCUGCUGAAACAGCUGCUGAGCUCUGCAAUCCAGGACAUGAAUUGCAUCCGCAGCCGGGAUCAGAUCGAGCUCCUGAAGAGCGGAGGCUUCUCGGACUGCCUGGUGCUGCUGCUGAGCGCCCUGGUGCUGCUGGUGUGCGGGCUGGUGCUCACCAUCCUCUCCACCACCACCAUGCAGCUCAGCCCCGCGCGGCCGCUGGCCAGCAUGUUCACCAGCGGGGUCAUCCUCCUGACUGCUGGCAGCGCCAUCCUCCUGUGCCUGCUGCUGUACCUGCUGUGCACCUCCUGCCGCCGGGCAGCUCCUCGGAGCCUGGAGACCGGCGAGAUCCGCGUCUUCACCAUCUCCGGCCGCCUCGCUGGCAACAGGCGGCUUCCUCCCACCUCCAGCAUGGCCAACCUGAUCUGACCCAGGACACCUCUGCGUGAGCCUUAGCAGAUACAGCCUGUCAGCGAUGGCCUUCCCCAAGGAAGGAGAGCUGCAGCGUGCCUUGUUUCUGUUGGAGAUGACUGGCAUUUGCUUUGCCCCAGGUUGGUGGCACAGCUCAGACUCGGGGUGCCUGGACAGGCUCUGACCUGGCUGGCAUUUUAUCUCCACAAAGCCUCCUGUGGCAGCUGCUGCCUGCCUGGCUGUGACCCAUGUUACAGAGUGAAGGUGAGCCUGUCCCAUACCCCUGGGGACCCCAGUACUUGCUUGGUUCCUGCAGUUCCUGGAACUGUCAUAUGUUCUCCUGGCAGGAGAGGCUGUCAUUGUGGGUCAUAUAAAACCAACCUGUGCUCUGUGCAGAGCCUCCAGCUCCUGAGUGAAGUAGAGCCUCUAGCAGCUGGUGAAUGGCAGGAGAUACUCUGCAUGUCAGCAGGCACGAGGGAGCCUGGUGGGAGGUAUGGCUGCAGGAGCUGCUCCCAAGAAAUCACCGGUGUCUGUGGGAGUGAGUGUGAGAUUUGCAUAGGAUUGUGUGUUGCCAGAGCCACAGCACAGCUGGACCUCACAUGAAAUGCUGUUUGUGUUUGCAAUGCCAGGAUCUGUUCCAAUGUUACAUUUCUGCAGCCUGCCAUCACCUGUGGUUUAUCAAAGGGGUGAUCAAGGGGUGUUGGUGUCAAAGCCCUGAUGGAUUAUGUGUACUGGACUGAGUGUUGGGGCUGUGUUUUCAUGCUGGGGUGCUCCAGCUACAUGAUCCACAAACAGCAAGGUGCAGUUGCUGGGGGAUGGUGAUGAGAUGCCUGAAUCCUGGGGCUGGGGUUGUCUCUGCAUAAACUGUGCAGGGGGAGAGUGCUGUGCCCUCCCACAGGAGUUUCCCAGGCAGAGGCACCUCUGCUGCCAGGAGCCCUGCAGCUCAUCCCAGUCUCUGCUUGUUUCCAUGCUGUUUCUGAUUCCCAAGUGCUGUAGGUACUGCAGGGCAGAAAAGUUCUACUUUCACUUGGGCCUUACCUGGAGCUUUUUUUGGUGUUUUAUCUAUCUCUACAAGGUGUUGUAUUACCAAGGUGUCUCUCGAAGAGGCAGACUAACAAUUCAUCCCAGGAACUUUUCCUGUGACUUAAGUCUAAUUUACCAGUCAAAAUCCUCAUUUCCCUCAUAGGCCCACUAACCCUUUCACUGCCCUUUCCAUAGACCUAGAUCGCAGCCUCCUGCUGAAGAUGCUCCUGCAUGACCUUCUCUUCCUCUUAGCCAGUUGGUCAGAGCAUGGGACUAAUAACACCAAGGUCACAGGUUUGAAUUCCAUGUGGGUCAUUCCCUAAGAGCUGGACUCAAUGAUCCUUCUGGGCCCCUUCCAGCUCAGACUGUUCUGUGAUUCUUCAUCUUCUUGUCUGUUCCCAUCUUUCCUUCACCUGAGAUGCUCUCAGGUGUUGGUUUUGCUCAUUAUUUGCCAGGUUUCCUCCACAGUGGAACAAGAUUGAGCUAUUAAUUUUGGUGCCUGAUAGCAAAUUCAUGUGGAAGAGGAUGGUAGCUGAUUCUGUUAGUAAUGGCACAAAUCACUGGCCAUGUUACACCUGGAGGCAGUGUCAGAGUUCACCACCAGCUGGUCAGUGAGGGUUUUGCCCUUUUACAGCUCCAGACCAACCAUCCCCAAUGCAGUGAGAUCUCAUGAGACCACUUCUGUAUUCACCUACUCUUGCCCUGCUCCUGCUGACUUUGCCUGAAGCCUUGGAUUGUUUUCCCCAGUGUACAAGUACAUCGUUUGGGCUUUUCUCUCUGUAUCUCUAUUAUGUCUACAUUUUCCUCUGCCACUUUCUAUCAUCUGUAGUUACUUAUUAAACUGAUGUUUCCUCUUCUCUCUGCAUCUCCUCCCUUAAUCUGCCCAAGAGCUCAGAAGAUGGUGGUGAGUUCAGAUCCUCCUGUGCUAAAUCACUUCAAAGCUGAGUUGCACUUCACCUCUGGGCUGUUUGGGCCCAGGUCCACCAGGAACCCCUGUGCCUACACAGGGAGGGGACAGGCCAGAGCUGAAUGGUUUUGCACCAUCACAUUGCUGCUGCUCUGCACAUCUGUGCCAGUGCAUGUGCCAGGCUGCACCCCCUCUGCCAGCACCAGUGGUCCACCAGUGACUGCCAGCUCCACCAGCCUGCACGUGCUGACAGGCCACAGCUGCCUGCACACAAACUGGUUUGCACAUCUUGGCAUUUCUGUGAAGAGGCAUGACUCUGCCCAGCUCACCGCUCUGUGCUGCCUACAUGUCCAAGUGAAUCCUGUCCCCUCCACAGCCCCUUCAAAAUGUGCCCCAAGUGCCUGUGAAUUCUGCCAAAAAAGGCUGAUUGACUGUGGGCCAUGACAGCAACUCAAGGAGAUAAUGGCUGAGAACAGGCUGUGCCUGAAGAUGGUGGUUGGGUGUCCAGCUGCCCAGAGGGACUGCUGCCCAAUCACUGACUCUGCUCUGCAGCACAGGUGCUGGUUUGUUUCCUGGUUCCUGUGUUGUAUGUGGAUAAAUACAUAAUAAAGUGUUAGAGAAGUU